UUUCAAAGUUGGCAUUUAAGUCAAGUACGGAUGAGGAGGAGCCAGCCAUGUAAAGAUCUGGGUUCUGCAUUCCAGGCAGAGAGAGGAGCAUGUGCAAAGGCCCUGCAGCAAGAAUGAGCUUGGUGUGUUUGUGGAACAGGGAGAAGGCCUGUGUGGCUGGAAUGGAAUGAGUGAAGGGCAGGGGCCGGCCCACAAGAAUGAGGUCUGAUGACUCCCUCAAACCCCCUAGGGUUCUUCCCUCUCCAGACGGUGCCUCCCAUCAUUGUAGCCCCUCACUGCUGGGGGAGCUGGAGGCUUAGAUGCCUGAGAGGAGUGAGGUGUUGAGGAAUCCCCUGCAUCCCAGGGACAGAGAGUGGUGGAAGGUGGGUUUGAGAGAGAGGACUCCUGGACAGUGGGUGAGGAAUGAAAAGAGGAGGUGGUUGGAAGGGCAGACACCCAUCUCUGGGGUGGAGGGCAAGAAGCAAAGAUGCCAGAGUUCUUCUCCAUCCAUGACUCACCCUCUCUUCCUCCUCCUCUCCAUUGCUCAACUCCAAAUCUCCCUGGGAAACACCUCCUUGACUGAGGACCAAGUCAGUGCCUCACAGGGGUAAUUGAGUCAUGAGGGGUGGAGAAGAGGGCUAGAGGGAGAGAGAAUAAAUAGCAGUGUGGCUUCCCAGGCUCCUCUCUGCAUCCUCCCCGACCUUCCCAGCAAUAUGCAUCUUGCACAUCUGGUCAGUUCCUGCUCCCUCCUUCUGCUACUGGGGGCCCUGCCUGGAUGGGCGGCCAGCGAUGACCCCAUUGAGAAGGUCAUUGAAGGGAUCAACCGAGGGCUGAGCAAUGCAGAGAGAGAGGUGGGCAAGGCCCUGGAUGGCAUCAACAGUGGAAUCACGCACGCUGGAAGGGAAGUGGAGAAGGUUUUCAACGGACUUAGCAACAUGGGGAGCCACACCGGCAAGGAGUUGGACAAAGGCGUCCAGGGGCUCAACCACGGAAUGGACAAGGCCGGAAAGGAAGCAGACAAAGCGGUCCAAGGGUUCCACACUGGGGUCCACCAGGCUGGGAAGGAAGCAGAGAAACUUGGCCAAGGGGUCAACCAUGCUGCUGACCAGGCCGGAAAGGAAGCAGACAAAGCGGUCCAAGGGUUCCACACCGGGGUUCACGAGGCUGGGAAGGAGGCAGAGCAGUUUGGCCAGGGAGUUCACCAUACCCUUGAACAGGCCGGAAAAGAAGCAGACAAAGCGGUCCAAGGGUUCCACACUGGGGUCCACCAGGCUGGGAAGGAAGCAGAGAAACUUGGUCAAGGGGUCAACCAUGCUGCUGACCAGGCUGGAAAGGAAGUGGAGAAGCUUGGCCAAGGUGCCCACCAUGCUGCUGGCCAGGCCGGGAAGGAGCCGCAGAAUGCUCAUAAUGGGGUCAACCAAGCCAGCAAGGAGGCCAACCAGCUGCUGAAUGGCAACCAUCAAAGCGGAUCUUCCGGCCAUCAAGGAGGGGCCACAACCACGCCGUUAGCCUCUGGGGCCUCGGUCAACACGCCUUUCAUCAACCUUCCCGCUCUGUGGAGGAGCGUCGCCAACAUCAUGCCCUAAACGGGCACCUGCCCUUGCUGGGAGACUAAUGUUGCCAUUGUCACAUCAGCUGACAUGACCUGGAGGGGCUGGGGGUGGGGGACAGGUUUCUGGAGUCCCUGAAGGGGAUUGUACUGGGAUUUGUGAAUAAACUCGAUACACUA